UGUGGAAAGGCACUAUUUCCUACAGUACCUGUGUUCCUGCACUGCUUUUGUUGUCAUGAUACUGCAAAGCUGUUGGCCCACUGGGCUUACCCUGUAUUGUCGUUUCCAAUUCUGAGAAAUAAAGAUCAUGGGAGAAGGAGAGCUACCUGGGCUUUUGGUAAAUGAAAUAGGAGGAAUACAUGGGGUACUGCAUAGCCAUGUGGAGUUCCUGAAGAAACAUUUCUACCUCAUCACUAUGAAGGAGUUUCUUGAAGACAGAAAGCAUUUGAGUAAAAAGGUCCAAGCAAUCUAUUUGUGGUGGCACAAACCAGUCAUUGACCAAGAGCUCCUCCAGAGCCUGCCAAACUUAAAAGUGAUUGCAAAUUCAGGAGUAGGGAUGGAUCACCUGGAUCUGAAACUUGUAGCUACCUUUGGUGUGAAAAUGGCUAAUGCUCCACAUGCUGUUUCCAGCAGCACAGCAGAUACUGGGAUGGCUUUACUGCUGGCAUCUGCUAGAAGACUAGUAGAAGGCUGUCAUGUUGCAUUUUCUCUAGGUAUGGAGUACUGUGAAGCUGAUUUUCUGGGAGUUAAAGUUACCAGAGCUACUCUGGGGAUCAUUGGAAUGGGCAGCAUUGGCUAUAAGAUUGCUCUGAGAGCCAGAGCAUUUGAAAUGAAUAUUUUGUACCACAACAGGACACGGAGGAAAGAGCACGAGGAGCAACUUGUCGGUGCCGUCUAUUGUGAAAAGAUAGACAGCUUGCUCCAGCAGUCAGAUUUUGUGAUGGUGGUGGUGAGCCUGACACCUCAGACACACAAGCUGAUUGGGAAAAGGGAGAUGGAGCUGAUGAAACCCACGGCUACUCUCAUUAACAUCAGCCGAGGGGCAGUAGUCGACCAAGAGGCGCUGGUGAGAGCUCUCCAGGCCGGCGUUAUCAGGGCCGCAGCUUUGGAUGUCACCUACCCGGAGCCACUGCCCAGAGAUCAUCCACUAUUAAAAUUAAAGAAUGUCAUUAUAACACCCCACCUUGGCAUUAAAACAGAGAAGACCACCCGCAUGAUAACAGAGGAAGCAGUUGAAAACAUCCUAGCAGCUCUUAAUGGUCUCCCUAUACCCAGUGAAGUGCUCCCAAGCUGAUGUGCAAAAGGAUAUCACAGAUCUAAAUGAUUUUAUUCUUCUGUUUUCCCCACUGAGAGUGACCUAUUCCAAGUGGGCAGGGAAAGCUUUGACUGAGUCUCAAAUGUUAUUAAAAAAACCCUAAAAUUUUAAAUUCCUUAUGAAGUGGAGGAAUAUACUACUGUUCAGUUCUGAACUCUGCCAUAGAUAGAUGCAAGCUUUAAGUGGCUCUGUGAAAAAAGCUGCUGAUUGCCAAUGCACUUACAGUUCAUGCUAGGCUCCCUAGAAAGCACGAAGUGGGGCUGUUACAUGUUUUCCAGUAUGUUAAUUUGUCUAUUUCAAGGUUGGGAAAACAAGACUACUCUGUUGAAACCUAACUGACCUUUCUGUUAUAUUAAAAAUUUAUUCAAACAUUA